AAGCAAAACACGACCCAAAAAGGUCACAUUUGUUUUUUUCUUGUCAAUCAAACAACCACAACCCUAGACAAAAGUUACCAUUUGGGAAUUGAGUUUUCUUCGUAACACCUCAAAGCCUUUACGAUACAAGCAAAUCAAAACCCACUAGAUAACAACACCCUACGAAUUUCUCUCAUUCUUAGGUUCAAUUCCUGUAGGAAGAUGAGCCUGAACUGCCUCACUUGCCACACCCUGCAAAGAUCAGACUCGGACAUAGACAUAGUAAGCCUUAAAGAUUCAAACAUUAAAGGAAAAAACGUAACGUCAGGAUAUGAAAAGAUGGUAAGGAACCGAACAAUGUUGCCAGCGGUGAGACGGGUCAAAAUGGGACAUCGCAGGCUCUACAGCGCGGACGCCGUGGUCUAUAGGGAUCUUGACGAGCCAAAGCUGGCAAGAAGCAGUGGGCUUAGAAGGGAUUGGAGCUUUGAGGAUCUAAAGAAACAAAGAGAUGAGAUAAAAAUUGGAGAGACAAUAAAGGAAUAAGUCAGAUUAUCUCCUUUGUUUCUUCUCAUGUUCUUGUUGUUGUUAACUUAAUUGUACGUUCCUUUCAAACUGUAAGGAUAACCCACCGCCCAAUGUCAAGGUUCAUAUAUGUACAUUCAUUUUCCUAACGAAUAUUCUAGAAAAAUUACCUGAAAUCCAUUAUAAAACCAAACGAAUCUGAGCUCUUCAGAAUCAUUUUCUUUCGUUAGAGAUUUGAAUAUAUACAAAAAAGGAGAUGUUUUCUUGGCGCUUUACAUACAAUUUAG